UUCUGAGUGUGCUUGUGAGAGGGACGUGAAAUGUUAGUUACAAACCUUUAAAAAGCCGAGAAGUCAUCUCAACUCCAAUAUUUACAUACACUGAAUACGUAAGUAGUUCUCACUCAAACUCUUCUUGGGGACCCUCAUUUACUACGCUUGCACAGCUGUCGUGUGUAACCAGAGAGCCUGUAGCAGGUAGGUGUCGUUAAGGUGGAGGAGAAAGAGGAGGGCAGACUGUCGAUUGUUUUACAGGAUGACUGCCUCCCAUUUUCAGCAUUUAAACGAUGGAGCUUGAAGAGAGAAGAACCUGUUGCGACAAUUUAUGACGGGACAACAGACUGAAACCUAGCUUGACAGGAGGACCGUGGAGAGGACAGUUUUUCAGCUUUAUCAAAAUGCCUUUUUAUGGACUAUUCGCUCAUUUUUAUAUUUCCAUAACACGUGGAAAAUUAAUUACAGCGGACCUGAUUACCUUCUCAUGACAAAUCCAAUGGUUAACCUAACAGACUGCUCUCUGAGGAGCGCUAGCGUAAUGGAAUUUUUAUGUCGGAAGAAAAAGAAUGUCAGGACUGCGGUCAGCUUGACUUUGGUUUUUGCCACUUUACUGAUGCUUCAGAAAUUAAUAACAGUGGACACGAAUGUUAAAGGUAUCAAAGUCGACGUGAAACGCAAAUGGUGUGGCCCCACAUGUAAAAGCAUAAAGGCUGUUGAAAAUUCAUCCAACGUUAAUGCCUUGGCGCCGGUGGGAAAACCUUUGCCAAGAAAAUGGGACGUGAAUAAAAUUAAGUGUCAUGAAAAUUCGACGAUAAAGAGCCAAGCCUGGUUCCGUCGUCUGGGCCCGAGGUUCCACGAAUUUGUUCUGCACAGACAUUGCAGGUACUAUCCAAUGUUGCUAAAUCACCCGGAGAAGUGUAGCGGCGACGUGGAUGUUCUGGUCGUGGUCAAAUCGGUUAUCGAAGAACAUGACCGGCGAGAAGCCGUGAGGCAGACCUGGGGAAAGGAGCAAGAAAUCCAGGGCUUGAAAAUCAAAACACUCUUUUUAUUAGGCACUCCAGCCACUGGCAAAGACGCGCGAAAUUUACAAGCCCUCGUCCAAUAUGAAGACCGAACCUACGGGGACAUCUUACAGUGGGACUUCAUGGACACCUUCUACAACCUCACCUUAAAAGAGGUAAACUUUCUGAGAUGGUUCAACAUCUACUGCAGUGGAGUUCCCUUCGUCUUCAAAGGGGACGAUGACGUUUUUGUCCACACCAAGAAUCUGGUGGAACUAAUUGGCUUUCGGGUGGAGGAGAACAGGGUGGAAAACCUCAUUGUAGGAGACACUAUUUUAGAAGCCAAACCGAUCAGAAACCGCCAGAGUAAAUAUUUUAUUCCCAAAGAGUUGUAUGAUAAACGCUAUCCACCUUAUUUGGGUGGGGGAGGAUUUCUCAUGUCUUCUCAGGUGGCCCACAAGCUCUUUGUCGUUUCUGAGAGCGUAGAGCUUUACCCCAUUGAUGAUGUGUUUUUGGGCAUGUGCCUGCAGAAGCUGAAGAUCGUCCCAGAGCUGCAUCUGGGCUUCCGGACAUUUGGGAUCAUCAAGCGUAAAGUGACUCCUCUGAACCGGGAGCCCUGCUUCUUUCGCAACCUCAUCGUGGUGCACAAACUCGUUCCGCAGGAGCUGCUGCAAAUGUGGACGCUUGUUCAAAACGAGGACUUGAGCUGCGCCAGGCAAGUCGUAAUAUGAAAAGACGAGUAUUUAUAAAGACAGACAGAAUUUUUUUUUUUUUU